AUGUCUCUUUCAAAUCCAACAACCAAAAUCGGACGUCAGCAUGAAAAAACUUGGUCGUGUCUCCAGAGAAGAUUGCCCACCAUGUCAUUUGACUACGAGAAAAUAAUGCCUGAAAAUAUUAAUAAUUUCAUCAAACAUAAAGCAACAAGUGUCAAUACCUCUAUCGAUUAUCUCUCACCAACAAUCCUGGCCACUAUUUCCUAUCUCCUGACCAGAGCUAAAGCUACUAUAUCAAGCGUUAAUUACGUACAGCCCACAAACCUGUAUACCAUAUUCGUCGGUUACCCUGGCACUGGUAAAUCCUCAGCUAUUGAGUAUGGAUGCCUCAAACCAAUGGAGAAUGUCCUGCAAGACGAUACGAAAGGUUGUCUUCUCGAUCGAACAACUUCGUCAGGCUUGGUCAAACAUCUAGCAAAGAAUGGGGCUGCGUUUAUGGUUUAUCCUGAGGUAUCCGAUGUCUUAAACAAACUGUUGAAAUCAAACGAGGAAACAUGUUCUGGAGACACUAUGCUUCUUUGCAAACGUUUCUCGCGCGAACGAAUGUCCUUCCACUAUGCCACAGAAGAUACCAGAGAAAUUGAUGCAAAAAACCCUUUCUCCAUCCUUGGAUGUAUGCAAUUACCAAACACUGCUAAGCUUGUCACCAGAAUGGACAAUGGACAAAGGACAAUGGUCAAGGACUAUUGGAUCACUUCCACUAGUACUGUGCCCGAAAUCCCAUGAAAUUGAAGAAUCCAUCGCCAACCUAACGACAAAGCCCAUUGACGAUCUGCAGGAAGUAUAUAAAAUGAUUGUCGAGUUUCAUUCCAACAAUGGCGUCAAGUAUAAUCUGGACGAGGAGGCUGAAACUGCUAUGAAGAAUGACCAAGAUUGCUUUCACGGCAGACAUCAACGAUGCAAUCCUAGACGGUGA